UGAGCUAUUAUUUAGAAGAAUUAUCAGUGAAGGUGUUGGUAUUUUUUUAUAGAAAUGAGUAUCUAAUGAACAGGGAGUUGACUGAGAACAAGAAAAAUUUCGAUAACCUAGAUAAUAGAGAAGAGAAGUGUCAAUAACAUUGGAUGAUCAUACUACUGAUUGACUGCUAGAGAGCACUCUAACAAAGAAAAUUGUAUAUGCCUGUAAAUGAAUAUGUUUGUGUGUGUCUCUCUUCUUUUUUUUCGUUCUUUUCUUGCUAUCUGUCGUCUUAUACAUCCACACGCUAAGAUAAAAUGUUUCAUACUUUGCAACACAAUACACGAGUCAUUAAAGUACGAUACGAUAUGCUCGUUGCGACAUACUCUGAAACCAUGAUUCGAAUCAAUUUUUCGACUCGUCGACUAUUUUUUCUAAAAAAUCGAAAGUGACUCCUUUUUUAGUUUAAGUCAAAUUAGCAAUAACCUAUACUUAGAUUUAGACAAUAAGAUCUUAAGAUCUCCAGUCCUGAGUCAAUUUGAUCUCGAUCAGAUCGCUUCAAGGCAGUUCAUUCAUGAUCAAUUUCUUCACAUGUUCUCGGAUAUAAAUGACUAAUCUAGAAAAAGAAUAUAUACGAAAAUGUAUAAAUUGGGUAUACUAAAUAGAAUUGUUUAUAGGUAGUUGUAUGCGCGAAAUAAAACACUGAAUGACUAGUGCGCCGAUAGACUACGAUACAUUUAUGGUAAGAGACAUUCUGAUUGCAACAUAUUUUCGUGGUAGAGUGGGCGAUACUAUCAUGAGCGGCACAUAAAUACGACGCAUUUUAUUUAAGUGGGCUGCUCUAUUCAUUGAUAUUGUUAAAAGAAAUAAUUAUCAUUUUAAGUAAAGAAGAAAGAAAACAAUUAUUCAAUCUCUUGAUGAUUUUGGUUGAUGAGCUACCAUUUUCUGAGAGUUUCUCGUUGGAUGUAGAUGUGAAUAUCUAUCGUAUCUCUUUUUUUUUUGGAGUCUUUUGGUCCACAUGGAUGUAAACAAGGAAAUAGAAGAAAAAAUUGGCAGCUGGGUACGCAUUGAAUAGAAUGAAGUGUGUAUAAUCAUCUGGGUCAAUGUUAUUGUUUUAUAGAUUCUCACUCAUACCGAAAUGAACAUAUAUAUGUAUCAUAGGAAAAAAAAGCGAAUCAUGUGUUUGACUAUUGUUCGGAAAAUUCUAUAGAUUUCUAUUCGUAUCUGAUAAUCAAUCAUGUUUUCUUUUUGUUUCUCUAUACUUGGUAUAUUAUUUUUAGAUCAACGACCAUCAAAAAGUUUUUGGGUUAUUUUACGUUUGGUUUUAUUUGUUCUUGUGAUUGAAUUUAUAGAAGCAGUUGAAACAGCACUUACUGUACCGAUUUUAACAUCACUACAUGUAGACGAAUCGUACUAUUCAAUGGCUUGGCUUAUAAGUCCAAUUCUUGGUUUUUUUCUUCAACCAAUUGUUGGUAUGUGGAGUGAUACAUGUAAAUGUCAAUGGGGAAGACGAAGACCAUUUAUUCUAGCAUUUGCCAUUGGUGCUUAUAUCGGUAUUGCAUUGUUAUUGAAUAGUUCAGAUUUCGGUGAACUUUUCGGUGAUUCAACUGCAUCUGAAACGAUUCCAAUUAGAGCAGUUGUAUUAACAGCUGUUGGAGUUACUUUAAUUGAUUUUUGUGCGGAUAGUGCUAAUGCACCUAUACGUGCUUAUUUGAUUGAUACAACAAAUCCAUCGGAUCAAGAACGAGGAUUUAAUAUACAUGCUAUUCUUGGUUUUGGUGGAGGUUUAGGUUUUAUUGUUGGUACAAUAAAAUGGACACAUAUUUCGAUGUUUAAGAAAGAUGGUGGUGAAUUUAGUGUGAUUUGUUAUAUUGCUACCUUUUUAUUUAUUGUAUGUACAAUAUCAACAUUAACAAGCGUUCGUGAAGAACCACUUAUAGCAUCAUCAUCACGUGAUAAUGGUGAUACAAAGAAUUCAAAUGAUUAUGAUGAACAGCCAGAAAUAGACGUUGAUGAAAAGCGUCCGUUACUUUCACCGCGUCGAAAUAGUUCACGAUCAUAUAAUUCAUCAAAUAAACCAAUUCAUUCAACAGCAAAUAUAUAUUUUCGUGAUUUGAAUAAACAAGAGGGAUUUGUUGAAAUUGAUUCAGCUAUAGGGGAACGUAUUCCUCAUGAUCAUGUUGUUGAGAGACCAUGUGAAAAUAUUUUAUUUAAAACAUUCCAAAGCGCUCCUCCAGUUACAGCUGCACGAAUAUCAAAUUCCGAUCCAUUCAAUCCCACUACCGUAGAAACACAAGAAUUUGACGCUGAACUACUUCGAAAAACAAAAUUAGUCAAAUUAGGUUUUAUGCGACGUCCUGCAUCUCAAGACAAUGAUGAUUGUGAUGACAAAGAUAAUGUAACAAUUAAAUCAAUGAUUAUCUCAAUGGUUCGCAUACCUGCUCGAUUAUGGAAGUUAAUGGUAUGUCAGGUGAUUGGUUGGAUUGGUUAUUUUGCUACUCAUUUGUAUUUUACUGACUUUGUGGCUAUAGAAGUAUAUAAUGGUACAAUGAAACAUGGUAGCGAUGAUCCCGGUUUUUUCCGUUAUAAAUUAGGUGUGACAAUGGGUUGUUGGGGUUUAUUUGUAUUUUCAGCUAGUGGUGCCAUUUAUGCUUUCUGUUUGGAACGAUGGUUAGCAAACAGAUUUUCUUUAAAAGCGCUUUAUUUUAUUGGUUAUUUCAUUUAUGUACUUGGUUGUACGGUGAAUUUUUUUUUUCAUCAAGUUACUGUUAAUAUUGCAAUGUGUUUUACUUUUGGAAUAUUAGUUGUAUCAUUAAAUACUCUUCCUUAUCAAAUGCUUUCGCAAUUUCAUGCAGAUAAAACAUAUAGAAAUAGGGAUGGAUCAAAACGUGGCAUCGGUAUUGAUUGUGCAUUAUUGAAUAGUUGUCAUUUUCUUGGUGAAUUGAUAGUGGCUGUUUCUUUAGGUCCAUUACUAGCAAAAACAGGUGUAAAUUACUGUAUGGUAAUAGCUGCUGGAUUUACAUUAAUUGGAAAUUAUUUAUUUGCAUAUGUAUUUCGUAAUUUCUUUUUAUAUAUUUAA